UUGGCAAAACUGUUUCCAUAUUCAUAUAACAAACAUUUGCCUCCAAAGUAUAUUGAGUAUAUCGGCAGAAGAUAUAAAUUGAAAGUGAUUUCGUUUGCCAUCAGUUUGAAGGAAUCCUUGUUGCAGUGAUGAUUUAGAUGUAAACAAGGAAGUGGGUGAAAUUUAUUUAGCAACAAUGAAUGUUUUGUUUUCGUAUGUGCUGUUUGCGUGUGUUAGCUAUACAUACUGUAAGGUAUAUACAAGAGAAGAAGUUGAUGUUGUGAAUUCUGGUUCACCAGGAAGACUAAUAAGCAACAACAUUCAACACUUUGAUUCAGCUGACACAAAUGGAUGUGCUUGUGUCAAAUACAACUGUGGAUGUUGCGCUCAUCUUGAGUUUGAUAAGAUUCAUAUCAAUGAUACAGGAUGUGUAAACCUGACAUAUUUGCCUGACCAGUAUGGUAUCUCCUUCACAUUUAGUAUAGAUGGUAGAGUGCUCUAUAAUGAGACAAUUUCUGCAAGAAACCCUCCCCCAGUAUGCAUAGGGGUACCAUACCUAGAGAAGUAUGCCAGUGUUUGCCUGGACUUCUAUAAUCUGGAUAUCAGCAAAACAGCCUUCUCAGGCUGCAUUAAAGUGGAAGCUCGGCUCGAUAAGAUCAAAAUUGCAGACAAAGAGUUUGGGUGUUUUAAAAUCCCCUUGAAGAAACAUUAUAACAUGCUCAGUAAGAUGGAUGGGAAGCCUAGUGUCUUGGUGACAUAACUUUGUUAAAAUGUUCAAAUACUUUUCUUAAGGGGGAUUGCAGUACAUGUAUACAAUAUGCAGUAUGGCAAAAUUGAUAAAAUGUCAAAAUGCUUGCUACAUAUUAAGGAUCUCAUCUUACAUAUUUCGUCACACAUAAACGAACAAAAGUUGAACAUAUUACUCAUCUUAGAGUUCCUUGAGAAUACAAUGAAUAAGUGAGACUCCAAGUUUUAACGAUUUAUUGAAGUUAAACUGUCUAAGGCAUUUGAGAAUAGUAUGGUAUAUCUCAGAUGCUUUAUAGCAUACACCUUUGAAGUACGUUUCUAUUUAAUUAGCAAUUACACAAUGUGAAACAAGAGUUGGUGAAAACAAAUGCUCAUUAUUUAAUAACAUACAGGUUUUGGCGUCAGUAGCGUUAUGUCCAGUGU